AUGACUACUAUAUCGGAACGCACUGACGACAUGGAGAAGCCUAUUCAUGAAACGGAAGAUACGUCUGUUUCCGAAAGUGAGACGGAUUAUACUGAUGACACGGAGUCUGUUAAACUUUUGAGAAAACCUGAAGAUGCAAAGGGAGUUAAACGUUUUGAUAAACUUGACGAUGUGAAGAAACAUUCUGCUAAACCUGAUGAUGCGAAGAAACAUUCUGACAAACCUGAAGACGUUUCUAAACCUGUAGAAACGAUGGAUCUGAAAGAUAAGAAAGUGAGUGAAAAACCACAAGAAAAAAUUGAGAAGAAAGGAGAAAAGAGGGAGAGUGAAAAAUCGGAAGAAAAAAUUGAGAAGAAAGAAGAAAAGAGGGAGAGUGAAAAAUCGGAAGAAAAGAUCGAAGAGGAAGUUGCGAAAGAUGUGAAGGAAACGAAGACUAAAAAGAAGAAAAUUUCUGCUAAAGAACCUGUGAAAGAUGUGGAAAAGAAGGUUUCUCAGAAGGAAAUUGAGGUUCCUAUGGAUAUGGGUGCUUCCCCGAUAUAUGACCCACUAGCGGGGUUGGAGUUGUAUGGUGUUUCUUAUAAGUCGAAAAGAAAUCCUGUGCCUGUGAGACAGGCAGUAGAACAGAAAAUUGAAGAAAGUGAGGCAAUUGAGGAGACGCGUAAUACAAAUGAAAAUGAAUCGAGAAGAGAUGACACAAAUGAGGGGAAUCCGAAGAAAAAUGAGAAGAAUGAAAGAGAAUUGGGGAAGAAUGAUGGGAAUAAAGGAGAGUCGAAGAAUGAAGGGAAUGAGAGAGAGUUGAAGAAAAAUGACUCGAAGGAAAAUUCGAAGAAGAAUGACACUCUGACAAACCUGAAGACGUUUCUAAACCUGUAG